ACUAAAAAAGAAAGAUGUUCGCGAAUGGCUGGUAUCACGCGUGUUGAGAAAUUGCUCUACAUCACAGAGACUUUGCCAAGCGACGACCAAAGUUUUUACGCGACGACCCCGCAGCUGGAUCUGAACUUCGUGUUGCAAUCCUGCAAGGGCUUCGAGACCGAUAGCAGCAAUAGGGAUUUUGGCCCGGACUGCUCGUCCAUGUCGAGGACGAAUUACUUCUCUCAUGGUCGCGUGAGAAAUACCUAUCAUUCGAAGGUCACGUUCAGCGACACCAAACCUUUCGGUUGUCCCAAGUGCGGCCGCUGCUUCACUGUCAAGGGCAAUAUGACCAGGCAUUACAAGUACGAGUGCGGUCAGGCGCCGCGCUUCCAGUGCCCCUAUUGCGAGUUCCGCAGCAAGCAGACGUCCAACGUGAUGUCUCACAUUAGGACCAGGCAUCCCGGUCAGAAGGUCUACGUAGUGCACCUCAAAUACGAGGACAAAUAAAGGAAAAGGACGACCGUAGACAUUGCAAUCUCGUGUGACGACAGUGACAGUUUCUCGAUUUGAAACGAGCAGGGAACCGCACUCGUGUGAAGAGAACGAAUCGUAUGGGAAAUUUGAAAAAUUUUUACCGAACAACAACACAGGUCUUAUAUGAUCAUUACAUUUCUCGCGCAAUAUCGUUCAAGCGUCUAGUACGAUCGUGUGUCCAAUCCGAUGUAUCGACAUUCGUUGAAAUAGACCGGACAUGUAAAUUAUUUAUUGCUCAGAUUCUACGCGACAAGAUGUCUCAUGAACGUCCUUAGCUAUUAAGAGUUUGACGAGCGCGGUGCGGUUCCUACGUCAUUGAUCGGAUGAUAUUUAAUCUGGAUAUCACGUAAAUACCAAUUACAAUACCUAAUGCAAUAAUCAAGGGCAAGAGCGCGGAUGUUGGUUAACAAUUGCUUAGUCGUAUGAGAUACGACUUCGUCGUGGGGGUCUGCUGUUGAUGAAGCGCGAAACGGUGGCGAACCGUGUAAAAUUUGUAGCGGCUGAAAUAGUGGGAUUCAGUAUUAUCGUCAGAUAUUCUCUCCGUCUUUACACAUUACGAAAUAUUUCCAUGCUUAGCAGUUAAUGAACCGGCGCGCGGAACUUCUCAAUGUGCUACGUGAAAUUAUGACGUUUCCGAAACGCUAUCAGUCCAGCCUCGGCGAUGUGAGUCAUGUGAGGCUUUCGAAGUACGCGAGAAAAAGGUCUUCAGCGCAAAAGCACAUUCCGAGUUUCGGUAUUCGCGCGCUAUCCAAUAAGCAAUCUUUCGAUUAUUAGGGGCUUUAAAAGAGUCGUAUGUUUUUUAAAAUGUAGAUGUAUACCUAUAAAGAUUCAGGUUGUGAGGUUGAUGAUGGGACACGAGGAAACAUUUGCAGCAUGUGCGUCUAAAUGUACUAGGUAUGAUCAGACUAGGUAUGAGCGCCGAGUCGCGACUGGUUCGUAUUAUUAG